AUGGUUAGAUUUAUCCUAACUAUUAUUUUCUGGCUUAUUUGCUCAAUACAUCUUGGAAUAACUGUGGAUAUUCCAAAACCGUUUAUUAGUACGUCAUUAACGUGUUAUACGUAUCAAAAGAAAAAUGGCAAAACAACAAAACGUUUUAUGGAUGAUUGUAUGUUUGGUAAUGCGUGUUGUUACAGUGCUGAAUUUAUUAACAAAAAAACCGGAGAAACCGUGGAAUUUGGUGGUUGUGAAGAUGAAUAUCGUUUUAUAGUUGGAACACAUCCCAUACUUGGUAGUAUGCUACCAGUUACUGUCAGUUAUUUAUGCGAAGAAGGAGCAUGCGUUGAACGUAGUACUACUCGUGAUAUUACACGAUUAUGUGCUUGUACAGAGCACAAUUGUAAUAUGAAUGGUAUUGAUGGCAGCAUGCGUGAUUAUCAAGAACGGAUCCGGAAAGGACUUGUGAGAAGACCGCCUGAUUUUGCAAAUCUUGUAGAACAAACUGUGCAAAUUUUGAUGGAUGGAUAA